AUGCCUGAUGUUAUUACUUUACGUCGGAUGUUAACCGACUUUGAAUUGUCUUAUAUUAAUGCGUUUAAGACUGUAUUUGAAAAUGUCGACGUCAGUGGAUGCUUUUUCCAUCAUACUCAAUGUAUAUGGCGUCAUGUGCAAAGUGAAGGUUUACAACAGUGGUAUAAUAAAAACAUACGUGUCGUUCAGAAUAUAAAAAUGCUAAUGUCACUGGCAUUUGUCCCCCCUAACGAUGUAAAAGAAGCCUACGACGAGCUUGUAAAAAGUGAAUUUUAUGUCGAGAAUGAACAACGAUUAUCUGGAUUGUUGGAUUAUUAUGAAUCUACGUGGAUCGGUGUCUUGAAACGGAACAAAGUUGAUCGUUCUGCUCCGAUGUUUAGUAUUGAGUUGUGGAAUUGUUACGAUAGUGUAAUGAAUGAAGAAAUGAAAUCCAAUGAUGGAAUAGAGGGAUGGCAUCAUUCUUUUAAUGCCUUGGUUCGCAUUCAUUACGCUAAUUUAAGCAAGUUCAUAAGUGUAUUGCGAACUGAGCAGACUAUCGUCGAAUUAAAAUUAAAUCAUCAAGAUACUAGUGUAUCAUUACCUAAACGUCGUCGUAAUUACCGUGAAUAUGAUGCACGUUUAAAGAAUGUUGUAGCUGCAUACGAUCCUAAUAAUAAGUUACAAUACUUAAAAAACGUAGCCAAUGUAUUUCGUACCUAA